AUGGAGAACAGUGGGACAGCAAAGUGCCAUUUUCAAUUGCAGCCUUGUUUUGAUUUGUUUCAGGUUAACGGGAUGCCAGUAGGCGACAUGGUGAAGCCACUGCUGGGUCAUCAGAAUGGAGGAAGUGACACAAGCCUUGUCCCAGGUGCCAGUAACAAAACAAUUGGGAUUCUGGGAAGUGGCGACUUUGCACGCUCAUUGUCUAUGCGUCUGGUGUGUUCAGGUUUCAAAGUGGUGGUUGGAAGCCGGAACCCCAAGCGUAAUGCCAGCCUCUUCCCUUCAGCUGCUGAAGUAACGUUCCAGGCAGAUGCUAUAAAGAAGGCAGAUAUUAUCUUUGUGGCAGUUUUCAGAGAACAUUACACCACACUCUGCGACCUCAGUGAUGAGCUGUCUGGCAAAAUAUUGGUUGAUGUUAGCAACAAUGCUGAAAUAAACCACCACAAAGAAUCCAAUGCUGAAUACUUGGCAUCACUUUUCCCAGCAUGCACUAUUGUCAAAGGAUUUAAUGUCAUCUCAGCAUGGACAUUACAGUCAGGCCCCAGGGAUGGCAAUAAACAGGUCUUCAUUUGCUGUGACAACCAAGAAGCCAAACAUGCCAUUGGGGAAAUUGCUCACACACUGGGAUUCACCCCCGUGGACAUGGGUGCCUUGAUUUCAGCCCGUGAGAUUGAAAACAUCCCCCUCCGUCUCCUCCCUGCUUGGAAGAUCCCUGUCUUUUUGGCUGUGGGGCUCUUUCUCUGCUUCUACACCUACAACUUCGUCCGGCAGGUUUUACAUCCUUACAUCCAGGACAAAAAAAACAAGUUCUACAAGAUCCCUGUGGAGGUCGUCAACACCACUCUGCCUUGUGUCGCCUAUGUCAUGCUCUCACUUGUCUACUUGCCUGGUGUACUGGCAGCUGCCUUUCAGCUGUACCACUGCACAAAGUACAAGCGUUUCCCAGACUGGCUCGACCAGUGGCUGCAGCACAGGAAGCAGAUAGGCCUCCUGAGCUUUUUCUGUGCAGCUUUGCAUGCUGUGUACAGCUUAUGCUUACCCAUGCGGCGGUCCCAUCGAUACCUGCUGCUCAGUGAGGCCGUCAAGCAGGUGGAGAGGAAAACCGAUGCCUGGGUAGAGGAGGAAGUCUGGAGAAUGGAGGUCUACAUCUCCUUUGGCAUCAUGGCCCUUGGCUUACUCUCCUUACUUGCCAUAACGUCUCUUCCUUCCAUCUCCAACUCUCUCAACUGGAGGGAAUUCAGUUUUAUUCAGUCCAAUCUUGGCUUUGUUGCUUUGGUGAUCAGCACUCUCCAUACCCUGACUUACGGCUGGGGAAGGGCCUUUGAUGAAAGCCAAUACAAGUUCUACCUGCCUCCCACCUUUACCCUCACGCUACUGGUGCCAUGUGCCAUAAUCCUGGCUAAACUUUUCUUCCAUCUUCCUUGUAUGAACGAAAGACUGCGGCGCAUCAGGAAUGGGUGGGAAAGGGGCAGGUACGUCAAAUUCACUUUGCCCAGAGCAUCUGAGGAGUUUUCGAGUGGAGAAAGCAGCAGCAUUGUGUGACACUGCACCUUUUUCCCCCAAAGAGCACUAUGAAGAUUCUGGGUUUUAUAAGGAGGUUUGUUUGUUUGGUAUCUCUGAGUGGUGGGUGAUAACUGCUAUUUUAUUUGGCAUGAUUUUUGGGCAGAAGGGGAGUUACCAACACACCAGCGGGUAGAACAACAUUUAUAAUAGACAGAUAAUUCUCUAGCAAAAUUUUUUGAAUGAUUGCCUUAAAACAUCAGUGCAAAACUUCAGCUUUGCCACUUUAAAGAAAGAAAAAAUAACACUACUCUGGAAAUACAGGAUCACAAUCAAUAUAAGAGUGGAACAUAACUUGGGAAUUGUUUUCUCUGUGGCUCUUUGGACACCCAGCAGCUGGUUGCUUUUCUAAAGACAGCAAUCCUUUAUGUACUUGUUCAGGAGCAAAUGUACUGUGUAUGUUUAAUAAUUAUUUAUAAUGAAUGACACUUAGGAUUGCCUGCAAAUGAUGAUUCUUGGUGCACCAGAAUUAGUUUGGAUGAGCAGGUUGAGCACUAAGCAGAUUUUCUAGCAAACAAGCUGUAUUGUAUUCAACAGGAUUAAUUUCCAAGCAAAUUUCCAGGUAAACUUAUGGAGUACCACAAUCUUGAUACCAAACCAACUUAAAAAUUCACCUAGGACAAGUUCUCACAAGCAGCUAACACUUGAUGUAAUAGUACUGUAUCUCAGAUUGGAGCUACAUGUUACAUUAAUUACACUGCUUCCGAUAAAACAAGAAUGAGAAUAAGACAGCCCCCCUGAUGAUGUUGUGACUUACACACCUAGCUUUCCUCAACUUUGCCUGUGUUUGUUAGAGCUGCAGGAGCUUGCAGUCUAUCAACAUAUAAAGGAGUGGAUAAUUCCCACUCUUGCACAGGCCCAGCAACCACACCUUUUAAUACCACCUUCUGUUCUUAUAUGUUUCCAAUGUUUUUUGUUUUCCCAAUCAACUUAAUUCCCUGGCACGUGUUACAACACAUAGAAAUUCCAGUCUUUCCCCUUACAUGCAGCAAAUUUACAUUUCACAUUCAUAUAAUGAUUGCAGUCAACCCUUUGAUACCUACGGAUAAAUGAAACUGCAAAAAUGCUAUAGACCAUUGCCUGUUAACAUGUUAUCCAAUUCGGCUACAUUGACUUUUCAGUCUUGCUCCUUAUCCUAGCAUUGUCUGUUGGGUCAAGGAAAAUGUGAAUUAAUUCAUUUUCUUGCAAACAAAAAGUGCAGAGGUUGAAUGGCAACUUCCAUUCCAAAGACUGAGUGAUCACAAGCUGGCAGCUAUCCACAGUAACAUAAAGUAGCACAUUUCAGGCAUAGAUGAUUCACAAGGAACAUUUCCUCCAAUAGCUCUGAUUCUGUGUCAUUCUCCAUUCUACUAAUCUCCUACUCCGGUAUUUUCAGAUAACUCAAAGGGAAGAACUUCCCUUUUCCAAGAAUAACUUGGAAAGAGUACAUAGAGAGGGAGAUUCAUAUCACAGUACAUGAGCAAGAUUGUGAAAUUAUUGUUUAAAGCAGUAUUGGGGAAAUUACAUGUUGGGAGGACAGAAGAGGGAAGAAAGUGUUUGGCUGUCAGCAAGCCACUGAAGAGCACAAGAUUUGUACUACUGUCUCCAACACACUGACAAAUACAAUUGCUCCCUGCAACUGAUGGUUGAGGGACAUCUAUUUUUAAGGUACACACUAGUCCACAUCUGUCUGAAUUGGGAGUUCUCCAAGCCAUUAACUUGUUCACACAUUCACAGGUGGUCAGAAUAUGACAUCUUAAAUAUCAAAUCUUAAUUUAAUUGUGCAACUGUGGCCUAUUAGGUAACAUUAGGCAGCAGUAUACAUUAUCUCUCCCUUGGCUAUGCUGGCUAGGAUUGAUGGGAGUUUCAGUCCCAGCAAUGUCUGGAGGGCCACAGUUCACCCUCACUGUAUUUCCACCCAGUUUUCUCUGUCUUUAAGGCAAAUCAAAACAUCACAUAAUGGAGAGGUUAUACAUUGAAACCCCAUUUUCUCUUCUUGGUUUGCCAAAUUGGCACCAAGAUGUGUAGUAGUCAAAUGCAAACCAGAUUCAUCAUGAAUAUUUGUUUGAUUAAUCAGGGAGGAUUUGGCAACAGCUGUAACAAUGAAACAAACUUUGGAGGGCCUUCAUAAAGAGCAACCACUGAGUGUCAAGGCAGCUGAAUAGCUAAUACAAACUAGAAUGAAAAGUGGAAUGAAGCUGAUUGACGCUCCCAUCUGUGUUGUCCAAAAUAAAGUAAAAAAUCAUGGUGACACUUCAUUACCAAGUGUAACACAAAUAGUUGACAUACAGUAAAUGGAGGAUGACAGUUAAUGAACAUUAUCAUGUUAUUACUGACCUUGUAGAUGUUUUGGAUUUCAACUCCCAGAGGCCCUAGCCAGCAUAGUAAGUGGUCAGGGAUUCUGAGAACUGAAGUCCAAAACAUUGGGAGGUAGAAAUAUUGAAGACAACUGAACUAUAGAAUCAGGGCAAUAGUCUGCUUGUUGUGUCACUACAGUAAGCGCACGUGUAGGAAGGGAUUCAGUGUGCACACACACAUACACACAUCCAACAGAUUUAUAUUUAUCCAUAUGACCACUGCUAAGCAACUCUGCUGAACUACUAGGAGUACAUCUUUUAAUGUCACAUUCCCUUCCAGUCCCACUAACUGUUGCAUAUAGCUAGAACAGGAUUCAGGCCUCUGGUGUUUCUCCCAUUUUUUCAGGACAGACAACACUAUGCUCUAUAGACAGAACGGGUCCCCACUGCCCAACUUUGUGAGGUCACAAGACUAUAGGACAAUCUGCAGAUAUAAAAAAAGAACAUUAGCUUACCUGCAAGCUUCUGUGUUAAAUAUGAAUCUUGUCUUACGACAUACUGCAAGAUCAAGAAUGCCACAGUUCAAAGAAAAUAUACAUACAUAUAUUGCACACAGGGUUUUUCACUUUACUUGAAUUCAGAUAGGUAAUGUGUGGAAUUUGACACAGAAGUUUCACAGAGAAUUAUGGGAAGAAAUGCAGUAUGCAGCAGUGACAAUGUUCCUUUAUAUUAUUCACAGAAAAAAAAAUGUCCAGAAAGUUUUUUUUAAGCAGUUUGGCAAUUCUGCAUGGGUGGUCUGUCCAGAUGCUCUUGAGUCUACUGAGCCACUGAGCUGCAAAAUUUGUGGAAAUAACAAGUGAGCAGGGAAGGGGCUAGACCAAAUAGCUUCCCUCACACAUGUUUGUAGCACAAAUGUCAGCAGGCAUCUGAACGCAGAAAGCCUUCUGUGCAGGCUAGAACUUCAGUAGUAUAGGGUUCAAGCUUUUAGGAAGCAUCUGUAUAUUAUCCAUAUGCAUGGAGAUCCUGCCCAUGUAGAUUCCAGGUUAAGGUCUAAUUGGCACACACCACGUCUGGGUAAAGCUGUUUGGCCAAGCCCUAUUCCAUACUCAUCAGUUACUUUGCCCAGAAUUUUGGUCAGUUUUGAACAUGAUCAUAGGGGAGCCUGAAAGGCAUCCAAAGCACUUAUGCAGGAAAAGCAUCAGGCAGUCGAACAAGCAAAAACUCUGUUUACGCAGGCUGACCUUUCUAGACAAAAAUAGUUAAUUCAGGUAGCAAAAAUUUUCAAAUAACCUGGAAUUCACUGCCAUUGUGUGAUCAUUCCCAUUGACACUUGGUAGUCAAAUAUCUCUUGAGAAGUUCCCCAUGGAUCUGUCUUGUUGCUAAGUGCAAAGCAGCUUCAAAUACAGCUGUGAGGUAUGAAUGAGAAAACUCUACUUGACUUGUUGCUCCACUUUGAGGUUUGUGUGUCCUUCUUUUGUGGGAGUGCAGCUGGCUACUUAAGUUCUCAGAAAUGUGUUGGGUAUCACUGUGACUAGGGCAUUCUUAGCUAUGCUAAGAGUGGGUUUAUAACAAGCACCAUCUUCACAUAUAUUUUAUACAGUCUUGUUCAGAACCUGUGUUACACAGUAUGAAAGCUGUGAAUGGUGACAUCACCCCUUUGAAUGUCUUUUCCAUAGUUUUUUAUAUUAAAAAAACAGCUUCUUAAUCAAGGGUUAGUAGCAAAAGUGAGAUAUGUUUUUAAAGAGAGACAAAUUGAUCAGUUUAUAUGCAGUAUAAAUCAGAGAUUUGAUGUGUCUGGAAAGCUGUGAUCUUCAGUGAUACUGCUAAUGCUAGGGGUGAGGUAGGAUCCCUUCCAAAGCUAUCAAAUACAUUGGAAGAAAAAGCCAAAAAGAUGCCAACAUUAGGACAAAUAAAAUUACUAAUUUUCCCUUAAGAAGCAACAGGGUAUCUGCCAAAUAAUGAAGGCAACAAAGAGAAGGUGAGAGGAGCAGAGUUUGUAAGGAAAUGGUCUCAUGGAAGACCUGUGUCCAGUAGUUCUUAGCUUUUGAGAUUCUAGGGGCUUCAGCUUCAGGACUACACAUCAUUGGCCACUUUAGCUACGGCAUCUGAAAGCUGAAAUCCACAGCAUGUGGAAAAUCAAAGGUUGAAAAACAGUGCUUCUUCCUUCACUGGUAUCCAACUAUAGCCAGAAAACAAAAAGGCUGCUACUCAGGAGUAACAAAGAGUUCAGAUGCAUACACCCCACAUUCUAUAUAUGUUAAUUCUGAAAUCUAAAUGUGUAUACAUGGAUUCACUUUCCAUAAUUUGCUCUGCUUUAACAAUACAACCAUUUGGCACAAUGGACUAAGCAUGGAAUCUGGUGGCGGGGCAAGAAAUAUUGGAAACUGGGAGAAAAAAGAACUGUGCAAGGCUCUUGACGUCAGCUUCCUGGUAGCCAUCCUACACGGCUCUCUGCUUUCAUUAGAUGGCACUUAUAUUUUCCAGUUUUCUCCACAACCAUGAGUUCCAGAAGCAUGCUUUAAAUCAAACUAAGCCUCCAGUUUUGCCCUAUAUAUUUUAAUGUGCAGUGCUCACAAGAAAGUGCAGCUUUAAUAAGUGUAAUUCAAUAGACCAUCUGAUCCAUAUCAAAAGAUGCUCAUGUAGUUGUUAUAUUCAUACACAUUACUCAUAUUUCUUCAAUAAUGCCAACUGCUUUACAUGUAAACGUUGAAGUAGCCAAUUUUCAGAAUUUCUUGUCCUUACAUGUGUACACUGAACAGCUUCCAAUGUUUCUAUUGCCAGAAAACAUUUGAAAAGUGAUUCUGUUCUGUUCCAGAAGUAACUUUUUGGUUUUGGGUUUUUUUGGGUUUCUUUUGGGGGGGAGUUGCAAUAGGAAACAAAAUGCCCUAUAUAAAUACUUUCUGCAUAGUUAAUCCAUCAGUAUUGGGAGAGAAGGGUUAUGUAAUGCUUGUGUGAAAAUACACCAAUGUUAUUUUUCUAUUUGUAUUCUGUAUGGAUAUACUGCUGUAAUAUAAGAAAUAUGUGACGUAUGCACUGCCUAAUUUGUGCCUUGGAAGACUUAACCAGCUACCAUCCUGAUUCAAAAUGGGUCCCUUUUUUUGUUCUUGCCAUCAUGUUUAAAAUAUAAUCAGGACAUAUCCAUGAAAUGGAAACAUUAAUGUUAGGUGUUAUUUGCUAUGUACCCUACCACUACUUCUUUACAAUAAAAGGCUAUUUCUAAAGUC